AUGUGUUGGUGGCACUUGUCGAGGUGGUGCCUGAAGCAAGAGGCAGGAACAGAUCGAAAACAACAGCAAGCUUUGCUACUGUCGUCUGCCGCGGCACUUGUGGAAGUGGCUGACGUCGAAGUGCUUGUUGAUGAAGUACUCGAUGUGCUGGAGGAUGUGCUACUUGUAGACGUGCUUGAUGUGCUGGACGCAGUCGUGCUUGUAGACGAUGUGCUGCUUGAACUGCUGCUGGUGCUUGUGCUGGACGUUGAAGUUGUAGAACUUGAUGAUGUCGUUGAGCUGGAAGUUGAGGUGCUGCUUGAUGUUGUGCUCGACGACGUGGUAGAAGUGGUGGAUGUCGAGGUGGUGCUGGAAGAAGAAGUCGUGGAUGAGGUCGAUGAGCUUGAUGUGGACGUGCUCGUUGAGCUAGUUGUGCUAGUGCUAGUUGAGGAUGACGUGCUAGUCGAAGUUGUGCUGCUCGAAGUUGAUGUAGACGAGGACGUUGUGGAUGUGGAUGACGUAGUGGAGCUGGACGACGAGCUGGAUGAACUAGUGGUGCUUGUGGUUGAUGUGCUACUUGAUGAAGAUGUGCUAGUGGAAGUGGAAGAAGUUGACGUGGUUGUUGUGGACGACGAGGAAGAGGAAGAGGUAGAAGUGCUGCUGGAUGUUGUGGUAGUCGUGCUGCUUGAGGUGCUUGUUGUGGAUGUCGAAGUGGUAGAUGAAGAAGAACUUGAUGACGUGGAGGUGGAAGAUGUACUGCUGGAGGAGGUGCUAGUAGAAGUGCUGCUUGUGGUGCUCGAAGUAGUGGAAGAUGUAGAGGUAGAAGAUGUGGAGCUUGACGUGCUGCUUGUAGACGAGGAGCUCGUGCUUGUUGUCGAUGUGGUGCUGGACGAACUUGACGUCGAUGAUGACGACGUCGAAGACGUGGACGUUGAGGAUGUCGAUGUGGAAGACGUCGAUGUUGAAGUGGAGGAGGUGGAAGACGUUGAUGUGGAAGUGGUUGUCGUGGAUGAAGUGGAUGUCGAAGUGGUCGAUGUAGAAGAAGUUGAGCUGGACGAACUUGAAGUGGAAGAAGUCGAGGAAGAGGAGCUUGAUGUGGAGGACGUUGAAGUUGUAGAUGUCGUCGUGCUGCUAGACGACGUCGAUGUGCUGGUGCUUGUGGAGCUAGACGUUGACGUCGUGCUGCUACUGGUACUGCUGGUCGAUGUUGAUGUUGAUGUCGUGCUGCUGGAGGAUGUGGACGUGGAAGUCGUGCUGGACGAGCUGCUGGUGGUGCUUGAUGUGCUUGAAGAUGUGGAGGUGGAAGUUGUUGAGCUUGAAGUGGUGGAAGUAGACGAGCUACUUGUUGAGGAGGUGGUCGUUGAUGUGGUGCUGGUAGAUGACGUGCUCGUGCUCGAAGUUGAGCUACUGCUUGUUGAGGUUGAUGUUGUUGAAGUUGUACUGCUGCUGGAGGAAGAUGUUGAAGUGCUCGAUGUGCUGGUGCUGGACGUGGUGGUUGAAGAAGUCGUUGUGCUCGUGCUGCUUGUAGUAGACGAAGAUGUGGAGGAAGUUGUUGAAGAGGAUGUGCUGCUCGACGUGGACGAUGUCGUGCUGCUGCUGGUGGACGUCGAUGUUGUGGAAGAGCUGCUUGUCGAAGUUGAUGACGACGAGGUCGAGCUAGUUGUGGUCGAUGUCGUCGAUGUAGACGUGGUGCUUGAGGAACUUGUCGUGCUGCUGGAUGUAGAAGUCGAAGAAGAAGAUGUGCUUGUCGAGGAUGUACUGGAACUCGUGGAAGAUGUUGAAGAGGUGGAUGUGGUUGAAGAUGUGGAAGAUGUUGAAGACGUGCUUGAAGUCGUUGACGUCGUGCUGCUGCUGCUGGUACUUGAAGUGCUUGAUGUGGUCGAACUACUGCUGGUUGAUGUCGUCGUCGAGCUCGACGUGGAGGAUGUUGUGCUUGAAGAUGAGCUGGAGCUGGUUGUUGAUGUCGUGCUGGAUGUGCUGGAGGAAGUCGUCGUGGUGCUCGAGGUUGAAGUUGAGGUUGAAGUGCUGGAAGUGCUGGUUGUAGAUGUCGAAGUUGAUGAGGUGCUGCUGGUGGACGUGGAUGUCGAGGAAGAUGUGCUGGAGGAAGAAGUGGUCGAAGUGCUGCUAGUAGAAGAAGUCGUGCUGGUGCUCGUAGAUGUCGAUGAGCUCGAGGUCGUGGUGCUUGUGGUAGAACUUGAGCUCGUAGAGGAAGAUGAGGAAGACGUUGACGAGGUGGAUGUUGAAGUUGUGCUGGAUGACGUGGAUGAAGUGCUGGUUGAAGUGGUUGUUGAAGUCGAUGAUGUGGAGCUUGUUGAUGUGCUGGAACUUGUGGUACUGCUGGAUGAUGUGCUCGUGCUGCUACUUGUAGUGCUGGAAGUCGACGAAGUCGUGCUGCUGGUGCUGCUGGUGGAUGUUGUGGUGGAGGAUGUUGACGUUGACGAAGUGGAGCUCGAUGACGUGGAUGUCGUGCUGCUGGUGCUGCUGGUGGACGUGGUCGUGGACGAUGUUGAAGUCGAGGAUGUUGAACUCGAUGAUGUUGUGCUCGAGGACGUCGACGUGGAAGUCGUUGUACUCGAUGACGUAGAUGUAGACGACGAGGUCGUCGAUGAGGUUGAUGUGGAAGAGCUGGUUGUCGAGGAUGUUGACGUGCUGGAGCUGGUGGUGCUGCUAGAGGAUGUGCUCGUGCUGCUGCUUGUCGUGCUGGAAGUCGACGAUGUUGUGGUGCUGGUGCUGCUGGUGCUUGUCGUGGUGGAGGAUGUUGACGUGGACGAAGUGGAGCUCGAUGACGUUGUGCUCGAGGAUGUCGACGUCGAGGAUGUCGUACUGGAUGAUGUGGAUGUGGACGACGAGGUCGUCGACGAAGUGGACGUGGAAGAGGUUGUUGUCGACGACGUUGAUGUGCUGGAACUUGUGGUGCUGCUUGAUGACGUGCUUGUGCUACUGCUGGUCGUGCUGGAUGUCGAGGAUGUCGUGCUGCUUGUGCUGCUGGUGGACGUCGUGGUGGACGAUGUUGAAGUCGAGGAUGUGGAGCUCGAUGAUGUGGUGCUUGUUGAUGUUGUGCUGGAAGAUGUUGACGUGGAAGACGUGGUGCUGGAUGACGUGCUUGUGCUACUGCUGCUCGUGCUGGAAGUCGAGGAUGUCGUGCUGCUGGUGCUGCUGGUGGACGUGGUCGUGGACGAUGUUGAGGUGGAGGAUGUUGAACUCGAUGACGUUGUGCUUGAGGACGUCGACGUGGAAGACGUGGUACUCGAUGACGUGGAUGUAGACGACGAGGUCGUCGAAGAGGUUGAAGUGGAAGAGCUGGUUGUCGAGGAUGUUGACGUGCUGGAGCUGGUGGUGCUGCUAGAGGAUGUGCUCGUGCUGCUGCUUGUCGUGCUGGAAGUCGACGAUGUCGUGCUACUGGUGCUGCUGGUGGUUGUUGAGGUGGAUGAGGUAGAAGAUGACGAUGUAGAACUGGAUGAUGUAGUGCUCGAGGACGUAGAUGUGGAAGAUGUUGUACUGGAUGACGUCGACGUGGACGAAGAUGUCGUGGAAGAGCUGGUUGUUGAGGAGGUUGUGGUGCUGCUUGAUGACGUGCUUGUACUACUGCUGGUCGUGCUGGAAGUCGAGGACGUCGUGCUGCUGGUGCUGCUGGUGGAUGUAGUGCUCGAGGAUGUCGAACUCGAUGACGUGGUGCUCGAGGACGUCGACGUAGAAGAUGUUGUACUGGAUGAUGUCGAUGUGGACGACGAGGUCGUCGACGAAGUGGACGUGGAAGAGCUUGUUGUCGACGAAGUUGAUGUGCUGGAGCUGGUGGUGCUGCUUGAUGACGUGCUUGUACUACUGCUGGUCGUGCUGGAAGUCGAGGACGUCGUGCUGCUUGUGCUGCUGGUGGAUGUUGUGGUGGAUGAUGUUGAAGUUGACGAGGAUGUGGAGCUUGUUGAUGUCGUGCUCGAGGAUGUCGAACUGGACGAAGUUGUGCUAGACGAGGUUGUACUUGACGAGGUUGAACUCGUGGAAGAGGUUGUGGAGGAAGAGGAUGUGGAGGUUGUAGAAGAUGAUGAAGUAGAUGAUGAUGAAGACGUGCUGGUAGUCGAACUGCUGCUGGACGAAGUUGAUGUUGAGCUUGUGCUUGAAGAUGUCGUGCUAGUAGUGGAGCUCGACGAUGUGCUGGUUGAGGUCGAAGUGCUGGACGAUGUGCUGGUACUGGUCGUUGAAGUCGUGCUGGACGAGCUCGUCGAUGUUGAAGAUGUGCUUGUACUUGUUGAGGUCGACGAUGACGUGGUCGUCGUGCUGGAUGUUGAUGUCGAUGUGGAACUCGAAGAUGUUGUGGAGGAGGUCGACGAGGUGCUGCUGCUGGUCGUGGUGGACGUGGUACUGGAAGACGAAGUGGAAGAAGACGAAGUGGAAGAAGACGAAGUGGUGCUCGUAGAUGUGCUGGUUGUGGUACUGCUGGUGGUUGUGCUGGAUGUGCUGCUUGUCGUGCUGCUUGAUGUGGAGGUGGUGCUGCUGCUGGAGCUGCUCGUUGAAGUUGAAGUGGUGGACGUGGAUGAAGUAGAAGAUGAGGAAGACGAAGUCGUCGUCGAGGUGGUGGACGUUGAUGACGUCGACGUGGAUGUUGAUGACGACGACGUUGUCGAUGUGGAGGUGCUGCUGGUUGAAGUUGUGCUUGUGGUGCUAGAUGAUGUCGUAGUACUGGACGAAGAGGUGCUGGACGAAGUCGACGUUGAUGUACUGGUGCUGCUCGUCGAAGAGCUACUGCUGCUUGUUGUGCUGGUCGAAGUGCUGGAUGACGUGGUGCUGGUGGUCGAGCUUGAUGUGCUGCUUGUCGUGCUGCUGGAUGUGGAAGUGCUGCUGCUGCUGGAGCUGCUCGUUGAAGUCGAAGUGGAGGACGUAGAUGAAGUAGAACUUGAUGUGGACGAUGUCGUCGUUGAGGAAGUUGAAGACGAUGAAGUCGACGUUGAUGUGCUGCUGCUUGAAGAUGUGCUUGUGGUGCUAGUCGAUGUUGAGGUACUGGAAGACGAAGUGCUGGACGAAGUCGAAGUUGAGGUGCUGGUGCUGCUUGUAGAAGAUGUCGAUGUUGAAGAACUGCUUGUUGACGUGGUGCUGCUGCUGGUCGUAGUGGAUGUGGUACUGGAAGACGAAGUGGAAGAAGACGAAGAGGUGCUCGUAGAUGUGCUGGUUGUGGUACUGCUGGUGGUCGUGCUGGAUGUACUGCUUGUCGUGCUGCUUGAUGUCGAGGUGCUGCUGCUGCUGGAGCUGCUCGUUGAAGUUGAAGUGGUGGACGUG